AUGCAGUCAAAUCGGAGUGGCCGUGGCUCUGGAAAGGCUGCCGACGUCAGCUUCGAGAAUGCCCAGUUCCUCAUCCCCACCCGUCACACGGCCACGUCGACAUGGCUGCUGUCACUCCCAGCCAUCCAGUCUGUCAUCGGAGAUUAUCCAAGGACCUACUUCCACGAGCUCGAGGAGAGCACACCGCUCCCCCGUCCCCUGGACCUCGUCAACCCCGAGCCCAUCAGCUGGCCCUUGUUCGCGCCAGGGCUACUGCAGGAGCUCGCUGACAGGUUGAUAAACAGGGUACACAGCUCUUUAUAUUCUCCCGAUAGCAUCGAUGUCACCGUGCUUUCGGAGACGGUGCCGGCUGCCGCCAACCCAAACCUCAACAGGCUUGUUGCCAUCAGCUCCGAACUGAACCGGCAACUCGAACAGUACUAUAUCUCGAUACCUAUAACACCGCCUAUAAUGGCCGACCCAGUCUCCAACGACAGGAGGCGCAUACUAAGCCUACGAACAAUCAUAGAGAAGUGCCACAUUUGCAUCCAGUCAUGUGACGCGUUCCUGCGGGGGGCUGUUGAUGUCUUGGACAAGCGGUCUCCCUACCUGUGGUCGAUUUCGGACGGGGCAUUGGCAUGCUUCAUUGUGCUUUUCCUGGCGAGCCAAUCUCCAUAUCUCCGGCACCUGACGCCUGACGUUACAGGCCUGGCGGACGUGGUCGUAGCGAAACUUCGGAAAUGGGCUACUCCUGGGUCGGUUUUUGAGGCCCAGGUGAGCAUCGUGGACGGCCUCAUGAGCCGUUGA